AUGGUCAGCCUUCAUAGACUCAAUCGAUCUGAUCUUGACAAGGCAAUAAGAUUCUCAAAUAUACAAACCUUUCAGCUGCGGGGUAUCGGAACAAUACUAUUGCAAAUUCAAGAAAUUGCGAUUUUUGCCGCCGAGGAGUUGCAACCUACAUUUGUCCCUUGGGAAGCUCCUGGAAUACAGCUUUCCACAGUGACUAUUCAUACCCGCUACCAGAACGCGACCGGCAGCAGACGGAUGCCUCAACCGCAACCGCAACCCGUAGAGGAAAACACAGGGGAUGCCUUUGGAGAAAGUUUGCUUCUUUGGCGCGCUGCUCAUCUUUCGUACCAGGGGCGAUCUGCGCUCGUUCUCCCAUUUUCAGUUGUGAGCGCACUUUCGUCUGUUAUCAUGUCAGAUUACGUCACAGAACUGAGCCCCCACGAUGUGUUGUUCGGCCGCGGUUCCGGGCCAAAUGAUCACGAAGGCAACGUGCGGUUUCGGCAGCUCGUUGCCUCGCGUAAGGACGAGUACAUGGCAACGAAUCACCGCAUAACAAAAGCGAACAUAGCACGGGAAAUUGUCGAUCAGGUGCUACGACACAAAGGCCGAUUUCUCAAAAAGAUCGAAGCCACCGACCCGGUUAGUCUGCAUAUACCCGACGGUAUUGAUGCAUGGAUCGAGGUUGACGAAGACACCGUUAUGGAAAAGGCAAAACAAGCGCUUCGGCAGAACCCGAACAAGCAAAAGGGAGACACCGGACCUUCCGUGGGGUCGGAGAGUUCCAAAACCACACCGAACGCCAGCAACCCACGGGCGACACUAGACAUUGAAGCGGAUAUUCAAGCCUUUGCUAACAUCGAACCGAUCCCAAUUCACUCCAUAUCCAGCGCACCUUUCGCGAAUGAAGCUGUGACUUCCAUGUCCACGCAUUCGCCCGUGACGUCGACCGAAGGCCAUACACUCAACUCACCCUGGCAAUCGCAACAAGAUCAACAGCCGCAAUUCCAUCACCGAUAUUUAACCGAUUCAAGUGAGUAUCUCAUCUCAGAUAGGGAAGAGUACGCGAUAGACACCAACACUGUCUCUGUGCAGCAAGAUCAAUCACAGCCAAACCAACGGCAGCAGUCCCCGCGAGGCGACGAAGAUAGCAUGCUGAAUAUGCUACCCGGAAGCCACCGUGCUAGUUUGGCUAUUAGCGAUGUCUUUAGUGGCGAGGAGCCCCGUCGUGGUAGCAUGACCAUGAGCGAUCUAAUUCGCAUGCACCGUGCGCGGGAAAUUGGACUCGAGCGCUCCAGCGACAAUCGCAAUUCUAUGGAUAUGGACGAUAUGCUGGAUUCCUUUAGCAGGAGCAAAAUCUCCAAUGAGAACAACGAUGUCCAGAACAAAAGGUACAAUGCCAGUACGGAAACAAUGGGUACAAUUGAACCGAUUGGGACUGGUAGUGUGGCCGACAUGAGUUUUGCCACUAUGAACUCCUCGACGUUUUCUUUCUACAAGGGCAACGAUUCCCUAGCGGUGCCUGAUGGGCAGGGGCCGCCAGACCGGCCAAUUAUCGACAAUCGCUUCAUGGCAACCGCGUCCACGCUUCCAGAACUCGGAGUACCCACUUCGCGCACAGUUAAUCGGUUCGCAUCGGAUAAUUCUCUGAGCAUUGCGGAGCUCCGGGGGCGACGCAAGUCCGGUUCGACACCAUCCAAGUCCAGUUCGGAAGAAGGGUCGGGCUUUCAUACAAGUGGAAAUUCCACCCUUUCUUCGCAUCCCACAGUAGCAAGCGGCAACUCUGUGUCCCAAACCAUUGUUUUGGAAGAUCAGUCUCUCGAACUGGAUUUGAAUUCCAUGGGACUUUCGUCUGUGGAGAUGCUAAAGGGAAUGAUCUUAAGUAGCAGUAACGAUAUGAGCUUGAACGACAUUUCCGAAGAAAGUUUGCAGCAACUCCUAUAUCAGCACCAGCAACAAACAGGCACAGGUCUACGCGCUAGUCAACAAGAUGCACAGCAGCGCCAGAACGACGACAAAAACAACGAUUCCUAACACUUUUACCACGGGCCUACUGUUAAAUAAUUUUUCUUUCACAUGGGAUACACAACCUAAA